AUGAAGAAAAGAAAAGGCCCCGCUCCCACCCUUCUCCUGCUGCUGCUUCUCUUCAGGUGUUUGGAAUUGGGAGUGAACUGUUUAGGAGAGAAGAGUGCAAAGGUUCCAGGAUCUGGAGAGCUGCGGGUGGGCGUGGUGGGCGUGGGAACAAGCCAAAAUGUUUCCACUAAAGACCCAGAGACCAGCCCUGGAGACUCAAAGACAAGACAAAGCUCUAUCACUCCAGACCUGGGGACCAGGGAGGACUACAUCACACAAGACCCAGGGACCAUGGAGGACUACACCACUCCUGACCCAGGGAUCACGAAGGACAAUACCACACCAGAUCCAGACACGAGAGAGGACUAUAUCACUCCAGACCCAGUGACCAUGGAGGACCACACCACUCCAGACCUGGGGACCACGGAGGACCACACCACUCCAGAGGCGGGGAUCACGGAAAACCACACCACUCCAGACCCAGGGAUCACAGAGGACUACACCACUCCAGGCCUGGGGACCAUGGAGGACUACACCACUCCAGACCCAGGGAUCACAGAGAACUAUAUCACUCCAGACCCCGGGACGACAGAGAAAUACACCACAGCAGACCCGAGAAUCACAGAACACUACACCACUCCAGACCCAGGGACCACGGAGGACUAUACCACUCUAGACCCGGGGACCAUAGACAACCACACUACACCAGACCCAGGGACCACAGACGACUACACCACUGAACAUCCAGACACGCAACUGGAGGGAACAGACUCAGUAACAGCAGUGAGACCCCCCGGGCUCCUGACGCCCAGCAAUAUCAUCCUCAUUUCCCUGGCUGCUACCGCUGUCACCGCUGCACUCUUUGUUGGAUUUGGCCUCCUAGUGUUGCCAACCGCUGCUCGUCCUGCUGCACCUGCCCUCCUCCUCUUCACACACCUCCAUGCUCUGACCCCCCUGGGAGGAAGGCUGCCCCCACCUCCCGCGUUGCUCCUGUCAGAGGCCUGCAAGGGCUCCUGGAGGGCCGAGGCUCGGGUGGCCACUUCCCAGCAGUCGUGGGGCGCCCUCCGAGGCCCCUGA